AUGAAGGUUAUCUGCACACGGGGCAAACGUGCACAUUUUUUUUUUUUUUUUUUUUACCUCCGCUCGAUAAGCUUUCAGUUGAAUAUUGACCCACAUGUGUAGGCAGUUUUUGACCACAAAAAAACUCACUUUUAGCCCAACUGUCGAGGAAGCGGUUACAGAGCACCGAGCUUCGGGGGUUUGUCGGAGGUGAAGCCGCGCUGAGACGCACUAAGGUCGGAUAGACUGGCUGACUGCGCCCGCUGAUCUCACACCUGCCCGCAUGAGCUCCACACGGACACUGCUGCACAGCCUGUUGGAUCCCAGAGAGCAUGAGUCGAGAUGAGCCAGAGAGACACACUGGUGCAUCUGUUUGCUGGAGGAUGUGGAGGAACAGUUGGUGCGAUCUUGACUUGUCCAUUAGAGGUGGUGAAGACGAGGCUUCAGUCUUCUUCAGUAUCGUUCUACAUCUCUGAGGUGCAUCUGAGCACAGUGAAUGGAGCCAGUGUGGCACGCAUGGCCAUCCCGGGGCCCCUUGACUGCCUCAGGUUAAUUCUUGAGAAGGAAGGGCCCCGCUCUUUAUUCAGGGGCCUGGGGCCUAAUCUAAUCGGAGUGGCUCCUUCACGGGCCAUCUACUUUGCUGCAUAUUCCACCACAAAGGAAAGACUGAACUGUGUGUUUGAGCCUGACUCCACACAGGUGCACAUGACCUCUGCUGGGAUUGCAGGGUUCACAGCCAUCACAGCAACCAAUCCAAUUUGGUUGAUUAAGACACGCCUACAACUGGAUGCCAGGAACCGUGGAGAGCGUCGUAUGAAUGCAUUUGAAUGCGUACGGCGAGUGUAUAAGGCGGACGGACUGCGCGGGUUUUACCGCGGCAUGUCUGCAUCCUACGCAGGUAUUUCAGAGACUGUGAUCCACUUUGUGAUCUAUGAAAGCAUCAAACGGCGCCUGAUGGAGGCCAAAGCGGCAACACGCAUGGAUGAGGAGGAAGACGCAUCGAAGGAUGCCUCUGACUUUGUGGGCAUGAUGCUGGCAGCCGCCACCUCCAAGACCUGUGCCACCUCUUUAGCCUAUCCACACGAAGUAAUUCGCACUCGUCUGAGGGAAGAAGGUACCAAGUAUCGCUCGUUCUUCCAGAGCCUCAUCCUAGUGUUUAGAGAAGAAGGCUAUCAAGCGCUUUACAGAGGACUCGCCACACAUCUGGUCAGACAGAUACCCAAUACAGCCAUCAUGAUGUGCACCUACGAAUUCGUCGUCUACCUGCUUGAUGGAUGACCUUUGACCCCUCACCUAUGACCUGGGAUGAAUCUGUGCUCAUGGACCAAAAAAAACUAACGACAGGACUGUAGAGAUAUGCAUGCGAAGAGAUAUUUAAAAGAAAAAACAAAACAGUGGAGAAGGGUAAUGACAAAAAAAAGUGCUGUGAGGGUCUCUUGAGAAAACACUGGCGACUUAUUGAUCAUGACAAAGUUAAAAGCUGUCUCUUUUAUAUUUCAUGCUUUUCAGAUAUUUCCUCUUAUUCUUGUGCCCCCCCCAUAUCAUAUAUUCUUUAAUAAUAUGCUGCUUUUAAAAGAUAUUGACUAAAGAUGCCAAUCAGAUCCCAGUUAUACCAAGCAAUGCAAAAUCAGAGGCCCCGAAUCCUAGAUAUUUCUGGUUCGACAGGUGUUAAAUGCAUAACAUAUACAUGAACACUGCGCACACAUGUACUUGGACUGUUUAUGCAAAAGAGACAAAAAAAGAUAAAAUAUCACCGAAAAGGUCAGUACGAGUUAGUGUUCCUACCAGAAUAUCAUAUUUGGGAGUUACAUUCAUUUCCUCUACAUAUUGUAUGUGUGUGUGUGUGUGUUUGCUGACCAUAUUUAGCCUUAACACAUGAAUGUAACAAUUAUUGUAACCCAUAUAGGUUGUUAGCACAAAAAAUAAAUGAAUCUACUCUGCAACAAAAAUACUAAUGAGAAAGGGGAGUAAUAAUUAAAACCAUUACAGUGUAUUAUGCAAGAUGGCCAUUAUACGUUUUCGAAUGAUGUAUUUUCCACCUAACGCAAGCACACACACAUUGAACACACACACACACACACACAAAAAAUAGUUUAUUCUUAUAUCAAACACGUAAAGAUUACUGGUGACAUGUUUACAAGUUAUCAGAAGAUUGCACAUUCACUGUGAAUUUGUGGCGGCUUUACAGCUGGUAUUUGCCAUAGAGAAGCAUUAAAGAAAGAUGCUUUAAUUAAAAUAUGAGACAUUUUUAAGUUGUCAGAAUUCAUGUUUUCUUUUUAUGAUGCAGUUUUGUAACUCAAAGUUUAUGAUUCUUCAUGCAUAGUGUUUUCUUCAGUGUUUGUUUUGUUUGCAGUCAGUUUGGUGUUAAUGUUAAAUGAACUUACAGGUAUUUUGUUGCAUUUUGAACAAAUAUUUAACAGCUGAUCAUAUGGCAAAAUAAACAUGUAUAAAAAAGAAAUAUGCAUGUGUUUUGGAUUGUAGCC